GCUUAUCUGGAAUAGAUCUAGGAAACUUUCUGAUUAAGCAAGUGGUACGAGAAUUGCAAGCAGAAUUUGAAUCCAUAGAAAUCUUUUCGACAUUAAGCCCGGUGCCAGGCUUCCGGCAGUGGUUAAUGAAUGCGAUCAACAUUGAAGGCGAAAAGAUGUUGGAAGACGAUGAAUCAACUAACCUUAAAAAACUGGAGCGACCUGAUCUUGAGCUUGUUAAAAAGAAUAACGGGGCUAGAAUUUUGGGUGAAUUAGUUAAAAGAAAAGGUUGGUUUGACGAUCCUGAACUUGUCAAAGUGAUGAAACCCAUUUUGAUGAGGCUUUGCGCAAGGUAG